AACAACUAAGAAAAAGAGAAAAAAAAAACAUGGCAAGCAAUAAUUUAUUAUGUGUCAUUACUAUAGGUUUGUUUAUUUUGUGUACAAAUGUUUUUGUAACAAAUGGGAGGACUAUGUUAGGAGGUAGAACAAAGGUGGAAAAUGUUGAAAAAAACAAAGAGGUUCAAGAGAUAGGAAAAUAUUCAGUUGAGGAGUAUAACCGGUUGAAGCGAAGCGGGUCGGGUUCGAACGAAAGUGAUUUGACGUUUUUACGAGUAGUGGAGGCCGAGAAACAAGUGGUGGCUGGAAUGAAGUAUUAUAUGAGAAUUGAAGGGGUUGAGGAAAAUGAUGGUGGGCUGAAAGAGUUUGAGGCUGUUGUGGUGGUCAAACCAUGGUUGAAGUCGAAACAAUUGGUCAAGUUUUCGCCUUCUUCUUCGGUUCCGGUUUGGUGAGUUUUUGUUGGUUCGGGUUGUGUAAUAUUAAGGAUAUGUGAGGUGAUUUCGGUUUUGGUUUUGGUUUAGUUUUUGUUAUUGUAAGUGGUUAUGAUCGAACCGGGAGUAUUGUAAUAAUGAGUAAAAAAUACUUGAUA